AUGCCUGAUGUAUACCUGAUCGAUCCAUGGCGUGCGGGGGAAAUGCAGACGGAGUUGGAGGUGCACGACGGCGUGAGUGCGGGCAAGUACACCAUCGGGUUGGGGCAGGACGAGCAUGGGUUUUGCUGCGACCAGGAGGAUGUCAUCUCCAUGAGCCUGACUGCAGUCCAGCGGUUGCUAGAGAACAACGGCAUAGAUGCCUCACGCAUAGGGCGGUUGGAGGUGGGCACAGAGACAGUGAUUGACAAGAGCAAGUCCAUCAAGACCGCCAUCAUGACGCUCUUUGAGGCCAGCGGCAACGCUGACGUGGAGGGCGUUGAUUCGUGCAACGCGUGCUACGGUGGCACCGCGGCGCUGCUGAACAGCGUCAACUGGGUGGAGGGGUCGUCGUGGGACGGCCGUUUUGCCAUCGUUGUUGCAGUUGACAGCGCUGUGUACGCAGAGGGUCCAGCCCGGCCCACAGGGGGGGCAGGCGCGGUGGCGAUGCUGGUGGGGCCAGACGCGCCUCUGGCGAUGGAGAGUGGGCUGGCAGGCAGCUAUGCCGCCCAUGCAUACGACUUUUACAAGCCCAAGCUCGCCAGCGAAUAUCCUGUGGUGGAUGGCAAGCUAUCGCAGACGUGCUACACCAAGGCGCUUGACCACUGCUACCAACGCUUCUGUGAAAAGUACGCCAAGAAGCAUGGCUCUGCGUUCUCACUGGGCGACACUGAAUCCGUGGUCUUCCACUCGCCCUACAACAAGCUGGUGCAGAAGAGCCUAGCACGGCUGGUAUUCAACGAUGUGAAGAGGGGAGUGAGCAGCUCAUAUCUGGGUGCAGGGGAGGCGGAUGCACUGCAGCCUUUUGUGGGGCUGGACGAGGAGAAGAGCCUCACGGACAGAGACCUGGAGAAGACGGCCAUGCGGGUGGCAGGUCCAGUGUACAGCAGCAAGGUGGGCCCCACCACCCUCGUGGGCAAGCGUGUGGGCAACAUGUACUGUGCUUCGCUCUAUGGCAGCCUUGCCUCCCUGCUCGCACAGCAAGGGCAGCAGCUGGAGGGCCGUCGGAUUCUGCUCUUCUCCUAUGGCUCUGGCCUCAUGUCAACGCUCUUCUCGCUGACCGUGCGCCAAGCUGCUGACCCAUUCUCCCUCGCCACACUCACUACUCAUCUGGACGUGCACCAGCUUCUUGAGUCUCGAACCAAGGUGUUGCCCCCUCUUCAAGCCGUUUCCCUCCCCUUCUCCCUCACCACACUCACUGUUCAUCUGGAUGUUAACCAUCUGCUCAGCAUGCAGCCGGCAGCCCCCGCGGGGCAAUGGGGAGGAGCGCAAGCCGCGACCGGCGCCGGCGCCGGCGCAGGCGGAGCGGAUGAGCCGCGGACGCUGUGGGUGGGCGAUCUGCAAUACUGGAUGGACGAGACGUACCUCUGGAACGCGUUCGCGUCCACGGGCCAGGUUGCAAAUGCGAAGAUAAUUCGCAACAGGGCAACAGGGCAGCCCGAGGGGUACGGGUUCGUGGAGUUCACAACUCAUGCAGCAGCGGAGCAGGCGCUAGCGGCCUAUCAGGGCACGCCCAUGCCUCAGGCGGAGCAGCAGCCGUUUCGCAUCAACUGGGCCGCGUUUGGCGCCGGGGAAAAAGGACGCUUGGGAGAGCAGCAGGCGCUAGCGGCCUACCAGGGAACGCCAAUGCCUCGGGCGGAGCAGCAGCCCUUCCGCAUCAACUGGGCCGCGUUUGGCGCCGGGGAAAAAGGUGGUGGGCGGCCAGCGGACGGGCAGGAGUUCUCCAUAUUCGUGGGCGACCUCGCUCCAGACGUGAACGACUACUUGCUCUGUGAAACCUUCCGCUGCCGCUACGGCUCCGUGAGAGGCGCCAAGGUGGUGGUGGACAAUGUGAGUGGGCGCACCAAGGGGUAUGGCUUCGUGGUGGUGGACAAUGUGAGUGGGCGCACCAAGGGGUAUGGCUUACUGUGUAAAGGACUGAAUCCCCCUCCGUUCCCCACCACCCCUCUUCACCAUUCCGCCCCCCCCUCCUGCUCUAUCUGCCAUUUCCCUUCCACUGAACAACAGGUGGUGGUGGACAAUGUGAGCGGGCGCACCAAGGGGUAUGGCUUCGUACGAUUCUCGUCAGAGGAGGAGCGGGACCGUGCAUUGCACGAGAUGAACGGCCAGAUGUGCUCCUCCCGCCCCAUGCGCAUCAGCGUCGCCACUCCCAAGAAGCCUGGAGCUCCGGGGCAGGGUGGCCCGCAGGGUGGGCAAGGCGGAGGUCCAAGGGCAGGCCCUCAGCCCCAGGUGCAGGGACCAGGGGGCGAGGACGACCCCAGCAACACCACGAUCUUUGUGGGAGGGUUGGACCAGAGUGUGACGGACGAGCAGCUGAGAGCGGUGUUUGGGCCGUGGGGCGAGCUGGUAUAUGUGAAGAUUCCCUUUGGCAAGGGCUGUGGCUUCGUGCAGUUCCGACACCGAUCGCAGGCAGAGGAGGCGCUGAGGAACAUGCAUGGCACAGUCAUCGGGCAGCAGUCUGUGCGGCUCUCAUGGGGCCGCAAUCCCGCCUCAAAGCGUACUUCAACUAACCCCUCCCAAGGCUCUCAGUGGCAGCAGCCACAGCAGCAGCAUGAUCCCAACACAGCAGCAGCAGGUGGUUGGGGCGCUGCUGCUGGUAACACUGGUUACUAUGGAGGGUACAGUGGUUACGAUGCUUCAGGGGGCUACAACCAGGGAGCGUAUGCUUCGUAUGGUGGAUAUGGAGGUUACGGGGGCUACGGCCAACAACAGGCUUGGCCUCAAGCUCAAGCUGCUCCAGCUGCAGCAGCAGCAUCCCCUGCCACAACACCAGCACCACAAAGUGCAGCAGCAGCGCCUGCUUCUGGAUUUGCAGCUGGAGUGACCCCAGAACCCUUCGAUCCCCUGCGCCCCCUUGACGUGGACAAGAUGAAUGCUCAAUAUAUGGCAAAGCACGAGGGGUCUCUUGUGCCUCAUCAUGUUUGGUUCAAAAUGCCAGAAUCAGCAACUGCAUAG